AUUGUCCAACGUCAGCACGAUUUACCACCUUGCUCUUCCAGGGCAGCACUAGGUAUACUGCGACUCGCAAGCUUUCUACCUAUACAGAUUACAAUGCAGCUGCUCCGGACUGCCUGUUAGGAGCUGUUUAGGCAGUGGUGGGGCUUGGGUGCUGAUGUUUGGUGCCCCCCUCCAUGGCCGAAGUUUGGAGCCCCCCCCUGCAUUCUUACAGAGAUGCUUCAGAUGAGUUUUCUGACGGUGAUGGUGACUCUGAGGAGGGCGGGAUGGCUGCCUUAGACCUUGAGGAGGAAGCAUUAAGGCCCGUGCUGCGGCAUGGGGAGUGCAAGCAAGUGAAGAAAGGGGAGGACUUGGUGCUUGUGGAGGAAGCGUUCAAGCUGGGCGGCAGGGACGUCAGCUGCUUCUGUUUGUUUGAUGGCCAUAAUGGGCUGGGCGCUGCUGAGCUGGCGCGUGAGCGGCUGCUGGAGAUGGUGCAACAACACUGUCCUGGAGGCGCCACUCAGGCAGACUUUUUGAACCAGCUGCCACGCGCCAUGGCCCAGGCGUUUGAACAGUGUGAUGCUAGCCUACCGCAAGGCGAGGCCUCUGGAACCACUGCCACUGUGGUGGUAAUUGACGGGUGGACCGUCACUGUGGGCGGGGUUGGGGACUCGCGGGCGAUCCUGGAUUCUCAAAAUGGCGGCAUCGUGCCGCUGACAGUUGACCACCGCCUGGAGACGUCCAUCGAGGAGGUGAAGCGCGUCGAAUCGGAGGGGUGCAGUGUGGGCCGGCUGAGAACCCGCGACGGCAUCCAGGUGGGCCCACUGCGGUGCUGGCCGGGGGGGCUGUGCGUGACACGCUCCAUUGGCGACAGGGACGUGGGGCCGUCCAUUAUUGCCGUCCCGCAUGUGCGCCAGGUGGAGGUUCCGCGCUGCGGGGGACGGAUAAUCAUUGCGUCAGAUGGGCUAUGGGAUGCGAUUGGUAACGACAAAGCAGCUCAAACAUGUCGUGGCAAGCCGGCGCAAGAAGCAGCAAGACAUCUGGUCAAAAAAGCGAUCGAGUCAAAGGGCCUGCGGGACGACAUUACCUGUCUUGUCGUUGACCUGUUCCCUCCAGACGCUAACAACAGCGACACGCAAGGGCCCGUCCCUAGGAUGCCUAAGUCCCGGAGUUUCCUCGGUUUUGUAAAGAAGCGCAGCCUGGGAAACGCCAGUAGCGGCUCGUUAGUGCAGUUGGGAAGUUCCCCCAACCUGUCUGUGUCACCCAUACUUGAUUUUCCAAACGUGUUGCAAGAUCAGGACCUCAUUCAACCAGACCCUACCGAUGGUGAAAGGACAGGGGGAUCCAUCCAUGGUCCAGGAACAUUCUGCACGAUUUGUGGCCGUCAGAUGGUGGGGCUGCGCGAGAAUCUAGCGGAUGUGUCGGUUCGGGCGGGGUCCCAGUUCCGGUGUCCUGAGCACGAGUUAAGCAAACGGUAGCCGCCAGGCGAGACCUGACGAAGCAACGAGUUGAUAGGUAACAUUGGUAGGAAGGAGGACUUACAGUAGGACGAUCGGUUUAGGACGGGCAACGCAAAUACAGAUCAAGGAGGUAGAGGAGAAUGUCCAAAUCAGAAGUGUCAAGGCUAUGCUAAUAGCUGUGGCCAACAAGGCAGGCCUGUCGUUUCGAGUUGACGACAUAUUAUGCUGUCGACAUAUUAUGCUGAAACUGGAAGGGCUCAUUGGCCUAUGUAGGUAGAGUCGAACCACGUGCAGCGCGCGCAAGCGCCAGGUUAGAAGUAGAUUGCUUAAACGGUGAGUGACCGCUCUUAGAUUUGAGCAGACUCCUCAAUUGUGUUUUUGGGAGGGCUUGGAUGUGUGCCCUCACAACCAAUACGAUCUGCAUCAGACUCUUUUAGGUACAGGGGGAACUGCAUUCAAUACAACUCGUGACUUGCAG